AUCUCUUUUCUUUUCUCUCUCCUCCUCUACUCCACCCCUCCACUUUUUCUGCCAUAAACUUUCGAACUCCACAUUGCUGCCACAGACCUUCCUUUCCUCUAAAACCAGAGCAACAGGAUUGAAUCCCAAUACUCUCCAUCUACAGAUUUAGCCAACCGAAUCACGUCCUCCAUCACCACAACAACCAGCACUGCUUCCUCCUCACACGGCUCUCCACUCCACCUCGCGGUACUGCCGUCCUUCUUCCUCUCUCCUCCGCACUAAUCCGUCCCACCCACCCCUCCUCGACAUGGAGAAGGUGCAGCACAUCACGCGGGCGGCCAUUCGGCGGGCGUCCACCAUGGAGAUUCCCCAGCAGGCCAAGCAAAACAUGCAGGAGCUCUUCGUCAACUUCUGCCUCAUCCUCAUCUGCCUGCUGCUCAUCUACAUCAUUGUCUUGCUAAUCUCUUUCCACGGCAUGUGAGAGACCAGCGUGAUGUAACCUGCUCAUCCUCCUUUUCACUGGCAAACAAGAAGAACCUCCAAUUGGGGCCGUUCACACUCGGGAUACACUUCGACACAGCUGAACAACCCAGGAAAUCUCCAUCCCAUCACUAUGGAUCUGAUCAAUAACCGAGGACUAAACCUGCUGCUCAACUUCCUGCUUAUUGUUGUGGUUCUACUGCUCAUGCUGAUUCUGGUCAAGCUCAGGUGACCUGAAAUGGUCAGAAACAAGAAUUAUUGGUAUAAGAGGGACGUAUGUUUCAGAGACUCCUACUCUCUCUACCUCCAAAACCAAUUUAAGGUUCCUUACAUGACCAGAUGAACCUGUGCAAAAUGAUUGACAGGCAGAGAAUGUUUCUGAUUGGCUAGUUUUCUGAUGUAGACUUUUCCCCUUUCUAUUUUUUUUUUCACU